GCAUCACUUUAGCGCACUAGCACAUUGCCUUAAGAUAAACAACACAAUUAAGAUCUUCAUAUUUCAUAACUCAUGUAAUUUAUUCAACAUGAAAUUAUAUGAAAGUAUGCGUUAUUUACCUUAGAACAGCAACUGAUUUUACUAAACACUUGCAAAUGCCUUGUUGUAAAGUUUUUUUUAAGGCAAAUACUUGAACUGCUUCGAGUAUUGUGUUACUCAUCUCGACAGUGAGUUUAGCCAGCUGUCAGUUCGUGUUGCUGCUUCAUCACUUCUGUUUUCCUUGUCAUUGAAUUUGUAAGAAAGGCUUCGUUUGUCAGAAUGCCCAGAGGAGGUAAGAAAGGUGGCCACAAGGGUCGCGUGCGGACGUAUACCAGCCCCGAGGAGAUCGACGCCCAGAUGAAGGCAGAGAAGGAGAGGAAAAGGGAGCAGGAUGGGGAAGAGGCCGGUGCAGCUCAGAACGACAUGGUAGAGGAUAAGCUACCAGCAGGAUCAGGAUCAGAGGACAGCGAUGAUGAAAAUUCAGUGAGGAGGAGAGCGGGUGUGGAGGGCUUGAUAGAAAUCGAGAACCCCAACAGAGUCGCUCAGAAGUCCAAGAAGGUGGCACAGAUUGAGCUGGAUGAGCCCAAGCAGUUAUCAAGGAGAGAGAGAGAGGAGAUUGAGAAGCAGAAAGCGAAGGAGCGCUAUAUGAAGAUGCAUUUGGCAGGGAAGACGGACCAGGCCAAAGCUGACCUUGCUCGCCUCGCCAUCAUCAGGAAACAGAGAGAAGAGGCAGCCAAAAAGAAAGAAGAAGAGAAAAAAGCAAAAGAUGCAGCAGCGGCAGCAGCAGCAGCAGCCAGAGGAGUAAACUCCCUCUCACUGAAAUGAUGCACAGUAUUCAUCAGAGGCACUUUCACUUGUUCACGGACUGGCGCAAUACAUAUUUGACUAUUUUUAAAGGAGGAACUAUGAUGCUGACAUUACUAUACCAUAUGGCCAUUUGUGAAAUGACUGUGGAGACACCAAUGGAGGGGGGUUGUGUGUAUUUUGGCAUGAAGUAAUGACUACGUUGAUCCCUCCAGGAAGUAAAGCUACAUUUGAGAAUACAGCGGUCUUCAUGUACACCUGGAAUGAACCUCUUAUAAUCCAUGAUCUUGUACAUGGUAUUAAUAAUAGUAUACUUAACAUUGUACAAUUAUGACUUUGUUAACUGAGCUUUGCCACUAUGAUUUUUUGGGGAUCUUAACAUUGUAUAUAACAGACUCAUGAAACUAUUUUAGCUUAUUAUGAUGAAACCAGUAAAAUGUGUCUAUUUCUUUA